CUCACAAAAAUUAAUAAUUAAUAUCAAAAAACUAAAACAAACACAAGAAGAAGAAGAAGAAUCAUCAUCACAGACUUCAAACUUUUUUUCUGAUAGCCAAUCUCUCUCUGAAUUGACAUUAAGAAGCAGGUUUUGUGAUCGAGAAUUGGGGCGGUUGUAUAAUAGCAUCAUGAGAUUCAAAAAAGGGAGCAAUGUGGAAGUCCUGAGGAAAAAGGAGGUGCCUUCAGGAUCUUGGUGCUGUGCCAAGAUCAUCUGCCGUGACGGCCACAAGUAUACUGUUAGAUAUGAUGGAGUAGAGGCUGCUAAUGAUGAGACCAUUGUGGAGAGGGUACACAGAACUGCAAUUAGGCCUUGCCCUCCUCCACUGGAAGUUACAGAGAAUUGGGUUCCUGGUGAUGUUGUUGAGGUAUUCAACAAUUUUUCAUGGAAAAUGGCCACCAUUUCUGAUGUUUUAGGAAGCAAGUACUUUUUGGUCAGGAUAGUUGGAUCCUGCCGGGAAUAUAAAGUUGGGAAACUGGAAGUUCGAGUCAGACAGUUCUGGCAAGAUGACAAAUGGGUUGUGGUUGGAAAGGGUUCAAGCCAAUAUGAGAAUGGAAAGCACGGUGCAAUUUCAACUCUAAAGUACAGCCAAAAAUCAUGCCUUGAAGCUCAGAAAGUCAAAUUCCAGAAAUCCCACACUGCAUCCUCUCAGAAUCUGAAGAGAGGAUCAUCCUACUUGUAUUCUCAAGAUGAAGCACAUGGUGGAGCUACUGAGAAGUUUCGAGUAGUUGAGAAAGAAGGCAGGUGUCACAGAGUCAUUGCUAGCAACUUAUCUAGAUUAGCUGAACAGGUAGAUGUUGCUUUGCCAAGUCAGAUACUGGGUGGAAAAGAAAUACGUGCUUCUCUUAACAACAGAUCAACUGUAUUGUCUGAGGUUGAUUUAGAAAAGAGGAAACCAAGUGGUAAUGUUGGGUGUUUAUUUGCUGUUAACUUAAAGUCGGAAGAUGUCGAUACUGUUACGUGCUCAGUAGGUAGUUGUAGCAUCGGUAGCAAUGAUCCCUAUAAGUCACCUCAUCAUGUUUCUUCUGGAUCUACUGGAGAUUUUGAAGACCAGUUUUGUGAUGCUGAAUCUGUUUGUCAGUUGGGAUAUGAGGAAGGAAACUGUGUCCUUCCCACAAAGAAAGAAUUGGCUGCUGAGAUCCAUAGGUUAGAGCUGCAAGCCUACCGUUGCACGAUAGAGGCAUUGCAUGCAUCAGGACCUUUAAGCUGGGAGCAAGAAGAAUUGGUGACAAAUCUUCGUCUUUCGCUUCAUAUAUCAAAUGAUGAACAUUUAAUGGAGCUUAGAAACUUAAUUUCUGCAGAUAACAACAUUCAAAUUAGAUGACAGGAAAACGGGAAUUAUGUGUUGUGAUUCAUUUUUCCUUCUAGCUGUAGAAUCUGAUGAAAGAUUUUCAUAAUGACCUGGCUGCACUGUAAGAAACAAGAUGAGUUGUUUUCACAUCCUUUUGUAUUUAGUAAAACACAUAGUGGUUCAGUUCAAAGUUCAAACUCAAUGUAGUACAAACUUUUCUAAGUACGCAUCUUAGACAUCUUUCUGUAUCAAUCAUAUUCUUCUGUUUGUCUCUCUGGGGUUGUACUAAUAGCAAUAUCAUGAUUAUGAGGUUCAUCAUAUGUUUAUAUAGGAAGUUGCCUAUGUAUGUAACUAUUUGAGAUGUUAUGGAUGUUUUCCUGCAAGUAAUCAACUUGUAAGUUUGAUUUGCAUAUGUUUAUUUUAUUUUUGGUUCUCUUUUUUGUUUGUAAAGCUUGCAGCUUUCUCUUAGAUGUCCUGAUCAUGAGAUAUAUCAUAGUUAUAUGUGUACAUGACUUGAUUGUCACCCUAUCACUUGGAAGUAUACCAUUUCAUUUGUGGACAAGUAUUGAUGAUUCCCCUGCGUUUUCCAGGGCCUAAGUAGGAGGAUUGUCCCCUUACUUCCAAGUCUCCAAAGUUGAUGUUGGGGCUGGCCAGCUUUCUCUUGGUUACAGGACGGCUUAUGAUGCUGUAUUACAUUUGGUUUCUGCAUUCUUCCAUUUCAGGCCACCUGUGAGCCGUAGAUGCCUGUUUUGCUGAAGGGUAUAAGACAAGAAUCUUGUGGCUGACACGGGAUGACCUGAGAUGUGGAUGCUUGAAAGGUUUUAUUUCAAACCUCUGCUUCAGCUCAUUCAUGUACAACUGAUUUGACUUGCUGAUUUCUGUUAUUAGUCUCAAUCUGUUAGAAAUUUCUAUCUUGUGAACACAGUUGCAUUUCAUAUUGUCUUUCCUUUUCUUUUGGUGCCUUUCUUGUUUAGUCUGGAUAUUGUAAUUGUAUACAAGGGCAAUAUCUUGAUUCAGUCAAUACAAGAAAUUUCUAAAAUGAAGUGAAGUAGCAAGAAACCUUAGCUGGAGAAAAUUGUUGUGCUGAUUAUUCUGAAGUCAAAUGUAUAGUAUGAAGAACUUAAGGAUAUUUUAGGUUAUUUUCAAUUUUAUGACUUAGUCAAAACUUCAAUCAUGAUUUUGAGAUGAAGACUCAACAACCUCUACUUGCUUAUAAGUCUACUUGUGAUGCAACAUACUCAUAGGUGCCUCUGAAAUUUGUAACUUGAUGACUUUUACAUGUAACUUCUGCAAUAGAUGCAAUGAAUAUAAUCUAAAGUUUAUAUGCAUGCACAUCUGCACACAUGCCUCUAUGAUGCUUGCUUGACCACUUUGUAGACUCCUAAACAUUCUCGUUGGGAGAUGUAUAAUCAAUUGACCAUAACUGCAUUAGUGAAAGUAUGUUUUUGUUUCAUUGCAUGGUGGCUCACUUGAUAGCAUACAGGUUGGCAUCUUACUAUGAUCAGCAAGAAUAUGUAAUUUGCUCUCAAAUUGUCCAUAAAAUUUUUGAUAAUCAGUAACCAAAUUGCUAACUUUCCGAGUGUCUGUAGUAAGAAGAUAUCAUCUCCUGUUUGACCACCGAAUUCCCUGCUGCCUAUUCGUUAUAUGUUUCCUUUUGAACUUAUCUGCUUGGUACUGUUGCAUUGCUCAUUUGGUCCCUCCCUCGCAUCUGCUGCUUUAUGCUUUGGUGAUUAUGUUAAAUAUUCAUUUGAACCAGUGAGCAGAGUAUUGAAUAAACAUGUGCGGAUGGUAUGGGUAACUUAAAGGUAACAAAUCUGAUGAUAAUAGAUGGCUACUGAGCCCACAUAGACAAAUGAAAACAUAACUUGUUGUGCAUGUUCCGUUUGGCUUGAAUUACCUCAGAAUGUCUUUUCAUUCCUCCAUCUCAAGCUGUAUACAUAUCACUUGUUUCUGUUGCGUGGCUUCAAGUUUUGAUUUACGCAGCCCGGAAUUACAGUUUUUACGGUUUCUGCUGCAGAAUUGUUCUAUGAGAAAUAUAUAUCAGUUUUGUCAAUCCUCUGGAAACUAAGUAGAGAGCUUUGAACGGUGUUAAUCACCAACUGUAACAAGCCUUUUAUUUACUUUUUGGCAAGAUUGGAGGAUUGCAAUACUAGUAUCAGGCCUACUCAGUAUUUUGUUCAAUUUGAUGCAACUAUUUGAGGAUCUUGAGCAUAUGAUCUGACAAAUUCAUUGAACUGCAUCAGCAAAAUUUCAUUGCUUUGGCAAAUCAAAUGAUUCAGCUAAAAUUUUGUUUGUUCACUUGUACAUUCGUCCCUGACAUUCUUUUGGACAAUCCAGUGGAAUUCUGAAGGUGGAUUUUCAUUGAUUGUUUUUCGUAGUUGAGAAGAUUUCAGAGAAUGCAACAGAAUAAUCCAGUUGAAUUUUCAGACUGAUUAUUCUUUUCAGACAGUUUAAUUGUCAUCGAGACCAACUGUAAGCGUCUUAAGUUGGUAUGCAUUUUGACAGAUGAAGCUUUGAACUUUAAUUGAAAGCUGGAACCUUGUAUGACACUUUAAACCAGCAAGAAGAAUGCUUGCAACUGGAAUUACCAUC